CGAAAUCACAAAAUCUCCACUCCGUCCCUUCAUUUUCAUCCUCAGCAGCACAGAAUAUCACGUCUUUAUUCGUCUUUCUUCAAUUAAUUUCAGAAACUUUCGCUUUUCAUUUCAUUUUCAUAAAAUUUUUAGUGAUAUUACGUCGAAAUGGAUAUGUGCCAUUGCAACAACUGCAGUCACAUGCCCUUCAUCCCAGGCAUCGAUAUACGCCGUUACUUCAUCACCAACUGCGGUCAUCUACUCUGCUCUUGUUGUGUAACUAAUGGGACUGGUGGGCUCAACGAGCAAUGUCCCGUGUGCAAAAUGCUCUGCAAGAUUGUCGAAGUCGAUCAGAACGCAAACUCUGACAUAAAGGCGUACUUUGUCGACGCAUCGACCAUGAUUUGCGAAAGUGUGAAGAGAUUCAUGAAAAUUUCAGCGUUUCAGAAAGCACAGGCUCGAGGGGUUCAAGGAAUUUUGAAAAAUAUGUACGAGAUGUGUAAGAAGCUCAGCAUUGAAAAUUCCGAAAUUCCCAAGCUCAAGAAUGAAAAUAAUUCUCUAAAAGCUAAAAUUGCAGCAGCAGAAUGUGAGAUUUCUGAUCUCAAGAAAAAAGUCGAGCUUCAAGAACUAGAAAAUCAGCGUUGGAUUGGUGCUGGAGUAAAAAUAACAUCAAAUCAACCGACUGGUAAUGAAUUGUUAUUCCCGAUACUCAACACAUCCCGACGAGAGGGUCAAGCCUUCUCACCCGCUUUUUCAACUGGACCCUUUGGAGACCGACAAAACUCACAAAAAUUUUUCGACACUCCUGCCAGUGGUACUUCAUCGAAAUUCGAAGGAACACCAUUCACAAUUCGAACUCAAAGCGACCAAUUCAAUAGUCAAAGUAGUGGAGGUAGCAAAUUUUUUGGAUCAGGUGCUCGAGGGACGCCAUCUCCGAACCAUAUUUACGGUCGCGUUGCAUCCAGAAGUUCUUCACUCGAUCGAACUGCAGUGCGGGAUGCAAUGCCAGCCCCAUUGGCUCGUGUCACUACUCCUGGAUUUUCUGCUGCUCCUGGGGCUGGACGCCCACGGAAUGGUAUCAAUCCAGGCCCUGUGAACAGUUCGCCUCAAGACGUCUUGACAUCUCGUCUUCGAGGUCUACGAUGGUAAGCAGUCUCCUCAUCCAUCGCUCAAUUUCCGGUGAUGGUGAUGGAAACCCUAACAAAACGGCGAAGUGAUUUUUAAUAGUAACUAACAAGACCUGCGACAAUGAUUUUUUUUCAAACGAGCCAUGAUUUAUUCAUGAUUUUAAUUUUAUGUUUUUCUUUAUGGGAAAUUAACCAUUCAUUUAAUUAAUAUUUUUACAAUAACUCAAUUUAACUGAGACAGAAUCAUAACAUUCGUCAUACAAGUAACGUUUUAAUAAACAAAUAGUUGACUUAUGUGGCUAAAUUUAUGUUCGUGUAUCUUACAUAUGGGAUAUGCAAGUCUUUACGUCAAUACUAACAAUAAUGCAAAAUAGUUUUAUAUGUUAUUAUCAUGAGCAAAAAUAAUGAGCUAAACAAGCAAUCUUCCUGGUUUAAACGAAU